GUUUUAGUACAUUAUCAAAUGAUUUUUUUUGUUCAGUGGUUGUUAUACGUGUUAUAUUGUGACUACAGCGUUGUCGGCAAGUGUGUAUAACACCAAUCAUGUUAAGGAAAGAAUACUGAAAAUCUUAUUGAACAAAACCAUCCAACACAUGUAAUAUUGUCCAAUUGAUGGUGUGAUCCACUUGAAGUGUUUGUUUUAUACCACAACUGGAGAAGAUGGCAUCUUGCGUCGGUGGCAAUCACUUUGGGAGCCAGGAGUACGUGCCGGUGGCUGAGUUCUAUGCGGAUAAGUCAGUUUUUGUCACAGGCGGCACUGGGUUUAUGGGAAAGGUAUUAGUGGAAAAACUUCUAAGGAGCUGCCCGAAGAUCAAGAAAAUAUAUUUACUUAUGCGGCCGAAACGUGGACAGGAUGUCGCCUCGCGGCUCACCGAGCUCACACAAUCACCGUUGUUCGAGACAUUGCGGCAAGAACGGCCGCAGGAGCUCAACAAGAUUGUACCAAUAGUUGGGGACAUCACGGAGCCAGAGCUCGGCAUCAGCGCAGCAGACCAAGCCAUGCUGUGUCAGAAGGUGUCGGUAGUUUUCCAUUCGGCAGCCACCGUGAAGUUUGACGAGAAAUUGAAGCUUUCCGUUACGAUCAAUAUGUUGGGCACACAACAGCUGGUGCAGCUGUGCCAUCGUAUGCUGGGAUUGGAGGCCCUGGUCCACGUGUCUACGGCAUAUUGCAAUUGUGAGAGAGAACGCGUUGAGGAGACAGUGUACGCACCACCGGCCCAUCCAGAGCACGUCGUCACACUCGUCCAGACCCUCCCUGAUGAAUUGGUGGAUAGAAUCACACCGGAUCUAGUUGGUGAUAGGCCUAACACAUACACGUUUACAAAGGCCCUAGCAGAAGAUAUGCUUAUAAAGGAAUGCGGGAAUUUACCAGUGGCCAUCGUCAGACCUUCCAUUGUGCUCUCGUCAGUUCGAGAGCCGGUCAAAGGAUGGGUGGACAACUGGAAUGGUCCGAACGGGAUCAUAGCCGCCGUCGGCAAGGGAGUGUUCCGCACGAUGCUGGGCACCGGCACCAGGGUGGCGGACCUGGUGCCAGUUGACACCGUCAUCAACUUGAUGAUUGUUUGCGCGUGGCGGACGCAUCUCAGACGAGGUGAAGGCGUGGUGGUCUACAACUGCUGUACAGGCCAACAGAACCCGAUCACGUGGCAGAGCUUCGUCAAAACUAGUUUUAAGUAUAUGCGGAAACAUCCGUUUAGUGAAGUGGUGUGGUAUCCGGGCGGCGAUAUCACAAGCAACAGAUUGAAGCAUAACACAUUGUCAUUGUUGCAACAUCGCGCACCAGCACUUGUAAUGGACUUCGCGGCCAGGACCACGGGGAGCAAACCUGUGAUGAUGCGCGUGCAGAACAAGUUAGCUAAGGCUGCGGCUUGCCUCGAGUAUUUCACUACUCGCCAAUGGGCCUUCGCCGACGACAACGUGCAGGCUCUCUGCGCGGCGCUCUCCGUUGAAGAUCGCAGGAUCUUCGAUUUCAACGUCAGGAACAUCGACUGGGACGCGUAUAUUGAGUCAUACGUGUUGGGAAUUAGGAGGUUCCUUUUCAAGGAGAGUCCGGAAACGCUGCCGAAAUCAAGAGCUCUUAUGAGAAGAUUACAUAUAGUCCACAUCCUAACUCAAGUGGCCACUGUGUUCUUUCUUUGGAGAUUUCUGUUCGCGCCAUCCAACGCAUUACGUUCUAUAUGGCGACGCAUACUAGAGUUUAUAACUCGUGCAAUCCGCCUUUUAGCCAUCGCCUGAUGCCGCGCAAUCGAUCCAAUAGCGCCACUUUCAAUCAGUUAGAAACGCUUUUGCAGAAAAUUGACGUUUCGUUGACAUUUGUUACAAAAUGGCGGACGCCACAUGUCAAAUCUGACACCAAUAGUUAAGAUCACAACGGCAAAUAAAUAUGUUAGGAAUAUUUUCUCUUCAAUAUUUAUUAAGCUUCAGGAGCUGUUGUAUUUUGCUUCCUUCAUAAUCAUGUGUGAUAUGAAUACAGAUACACAAUUGUAUUAGAAGUAUAAAGUUAAUUGAUUCAUUAUAAAUAAUGAAUGAUAGCAUUUCUAACAUAACUCGUUAACUUAAUAUUUAGUGUUAUGCAUGGAAUAUUAAAAUUACAUGACAAAUUAUGGAGUCUAUAUCUGAAUUAAAUUACUUAAAUUGAAAAAGAUCGUGGAAAUAACAAUUUUGUUGUGACCUAAUUCUAAGUAAUAUUGUGUUACAUUUACAUCGUGUAAUUUGUAAUGAACAUUUUCAAUUGUAUUGUAUCACACAUGAUUAUACCUGUAUUUUCAAUUCCCAAGAGCUAGGCAAUAUAUUUGUUACAAAUGAUUGUAAGUAAUUUAUAAUUCCAAAUGAUUUCGUACUUUGAACAGCUUAAUGGUCAAGUUCAA